AUGCACGAGUUAGCGCUACAGAAGCUUUGCAACUACAAAGGUGCCCACCCAUACCGGGACGAGCUCACCGACUAUACCAAUGAGGAUGUCAGCCAGUCGCCUGUCUUUGAUUCGAUCACCGGGUUUGGAGGCAAUGGUACCGGCGCCGACUCUUGUGUCGGUGACGGGCCUUUCAAAAACAUCAAACUACACAUGGGCAAUCGUCACGCUCGAGGCGACGAAUUCUGCUUGUCUAGGGGCUUGGAUCAAAUCAGCUUUGCGGAGGGUGCAGCCGCGAAUGUUGAGGAGUGCUUUGGUUUCCAAGAUUAUACGGAUACAUGA